GAGCCGAUACAGCAAACUAGAGACACUUACCUUCCCUGCCGACAUAUAAUUACUCGUGUUUACUGGAAGAGUUGCCGUCACAGUUUUUUCUUGUUUUUAGCGAAUAACUCGGUUCCUUCCAACUGCCACCACAGCUUGCCAUUCCCUUGAAGCUCACAAUUAAUAGCCUCUCAAGGCAACCAGGCCUCAACGACCCACGACGCCUUGCAGCUCACCAUGCUGAGGGCUCUCUAACCAGCGCUCCGUGCCCCGAUGGAUCAGGUGCAUACACAACCCCGACGACGCGUCCCAGCUGUCACUGCGGCUUCAACAGCCUUCAAUAACUUAUCAGCCUUAUCGACACGGUCUCCUCCACGCCCCAGCCCUCUGAGGGAGGGCCACCUGGCGCUCCGUACCCCGAUGAGUCGACCGACCCGACGGACGCGCGGACCCCGCCCUCGACGCGUCACAACGCUUACCAUGGCCUCGCCUGCCCCGAUGGGUUGACCGACCCGACGGGUGUCCAGACUACGCCGACGAUACGCCAACAGCAAGUUCUUCUCUACGGCUCAUCGUCCUGAGGCCAUACCAGGUUGACCGAUUCAACA